GUUUCCAAGGCCUUUCAAUUGCCUUAGGAUGGAAUUUGAUUCCCUAAUCUUACUUUGAAACAAGUAAAAGGGGGAGGUGGAGGUGGUGCCAAACCGCCAAUCCCAAGUUGUGGCAAGCAGUGAAAGCAGACGUCUAUCCAAGUCAAAAGUCAACCAAAACUACAUAUGCAAACAAAACUUGAUAACCAAAACACAAGAUAGUAAAAGCGGGAACCUUAACUGUCUACCGUCAGAUCACUCUUUUCAUGGCUUCCACUACUUCAAUUCGUCCUCUCUUCUCCUUCAAUCUCACACAAUUUCACCGACCCAAGAAGCCAAAGUCUCUCUUCUUAAACUCUCACACUGAUCCUAAACCAUCUCUAAAUUCUUUCUCUUAUUUCAAGACUAAGAAUGUCCUAUCUUCAAAACCACUAUUGCUCUCAACUAACAAACCAACAUUCAGUGUUGGAGCUCAGGGAGAGUAUACUACUGGAGGAGAUGAUAAGUCGCCUAUAUCUGACGCAAUAUAUCAAGAGGAUUUUUCUUGGUCUUCUGUGAUUUUGCCGUUUCUGUUCCCAGCUUUGGGAGGAUUGUUAUUUGGGUAUGACAUCGGUGCCACCUCUGGUGCCACCAUCUCAUUGCAGUCAGCUGAGCUUAGUGGCACGACUUGGUUCAACCUAUCGGCUGUUCAGCUUGGUCUUGUGGUUAGUGGUUCCCUCUAUGGAGCUCUUUUUGGAUCUAUCCUAGUGUACCCAAUUUCAGAUUUCCUUGGAAGGAGGCGUGAGCUUAUAACAGCUGCUGUGCUAUAUGUGCUUGGUGCUCUAAUCACAGCCUACGCUCCAGGCCUUGGUGUUCUCUUAGCAGGACGGCUGCUCUAUGGUCUUGGCAUUGGUUUGGCCAUGCAUGGGGCUCCUCUGUACAUCGCAGAAACUUGCCCAUCUCAGAUUCGUGGAACCCUAAUUUCUCUAAAGGAGCUCUUCAUAGUUUUGGGAAUUUUGUUAGGUUAUUUUGUGGGAAGCUUCGAAAUUAAUGCAGUUGGGGGAUGGCGUUACAUGUAUGGGCUCAGUGCCCCUAUUGCUUUGUUAAUGGGACUAGGAAUGUGGAGUCUUCCGCCUUCUCCUCGCUGGUUACUUCUCAGGGCAUUCCAAGGAAAAGGAUCCCUGCAAGAAUACAAAGAGAAGGCCAUGGUUGCCCUAAGCAAACUAAGGGGCAGGCCUCCCGGUGACAAAAUAUCCGAAAGGCAAAUAGAAGAUACCCUUCUAUCAGUUAAGUCUGCCUACAGUGAUGAGUCUGAAGGAAGCUUGUUGGAGGUAUUUCAGGGGCCGGCUUUGAAAGCUUUCAUAAUUGGUGGAGGUUUGGUCCUUUUUCAACAGAUAACAGGACAACCAAGUGUUUUGUAUUAUGCAGGUCCCAUUCUUCAGAGUGCUGGAUUCUCUGCGGCUGCUGAUGCUACUCGAGUUUCUGUUGUAAUUGGUCUGUUCAAGUUACUGAUGACAUCGGUUGCUGUCUUCAAAGUUGAUGAUCUUGGAAGAAGACCCUUACUGAUUGGAGGUGUCAGUGGGAUUGCGCUUUCCUUAGUUCUGCUUUCUGCAUAUUACAAAGUACUUGGAGGUCUCCCCCUUGUUGCUGUUGCUGCUCUGCUUCUCUAUGUUGGUUGCUACCAGAUAUCAUUUGGGCCUAUCAGUUGGCUAAUGGUGUCAGAGAUUUUCCCCCUUCGUACAAGAGGAAAAGGCAUCAGUCUUGCAGUGCUUACUAACUUUGGUUCAAAUGCUAUUGUUACCUUUGCAUUCUCGCCAUUGAAGGAGUUGCUGGGAGCAGGGAACCUUUUCCUCCUUUUUGGUGCUAUUGCCUUGUUAUCAGUUUUGUUCAUAGUCCUCAUUGUCCCAGAGACCAAAGGUUUGAGCUUGGAAGAAAUUGAAUCUAAAAUUUUGAAGUGAAACCUGACAAGGCACCAGUAUACCAAAGAUUAUAUUCGUAUUUUUACAUGUAACUUAGAGAUUGUUUUCUUUCAUUUUAUGUUAUUUCAUUAACUCAGUUGUAGAAAUUCCAAGUGUCUUCAUGUUAUGGUAUUGAUGCAUGAUGAGUAUGAAUAAUUUAUGCUAACUGGGUCUAUAUGAAUUAUGUAUAAAAAUGAAUUUUUGUUUUGAAA